GUUAAGCUGAUGCUUUGUAAAGCAGUCAUCAUAAAUAAAUAAUAAUGAUGCGAAAUUUAAAAGAUGGAUAAAUCGUAAGAUUGGAAAAUCUUUUUUUGUGAGGAUUUAGUUCAACAAUAACAUAGGCCUAUAAUACAUUGUGAGCAAACAACUUCAUCAUGGCUUCACUAGUUCUAGGGGAAGUUUAUCAGGUAGGAACCAUGGCCAAAGUUAAGGAAAUGGAGAAAGAGCUUGCUCAGGAACUAUCAGAAUUGCGGACUGAGCUGGAGGAAGUGGAUCUGCCACCAAAAAAUACAAGCUCUGUUCCCAUACCAGAAAACAAAGAACAUUUUAAGCAGGAGAGGAAGUUUGUUAUUAAAAGACUGCUGGAGGUGAAUGAAGCUCAGCCAGUUCGUGUUCAGGCUGAAGAGAUGAGAAUUGAAAUGGACAUUUCAGACCAAAAGGAAUACACAACCGGCAGUCUCCCCCUACUUAUUCAUCAGUACUUCAUUGAAAGAAUCCAACAUCUGCUCCACUUGAAACAUCAACAUAUGCUGCGAUGGAAAAGAUUUUGUGAGCAUACAAAAACUAUUGAAAGUCUGUACCCAGUGUAUAGCCAGCGCUUGACGCAGCUGUUGAGUGAGUACAAAGAUUGUGUCCAGAGAGCUCACAGACUGUCCAGUGCCAGGGAGGCGCUAUUUUUAGACCACCCAGAGUCGGGUGUCUCCUCACUAAACAUGGAGGAUCUCCUCAUUUAUCUCAGGUGGCUUGUCUGCCACUUGCACUCCAUGAAAAAGUUUAACCAGUACUUGAAGGUUCUACAAUGGCUGCCCAUCAGUCACAAAACCAAAGUCUCCCCACCUGACCCUGAUGCAGUAGAGAAGGACGAGGAGCCAUCCCAUGCAUCAAAGAUUGCUGCCAGAUACCAGGAUGAUAUGUUUGCCAAUAUUUUAAUUGGAAGCCCCAGACCAGCAUCUUCCAAAUCUGGGCACAGUGUUGCCUCCCCCAUUCCAUCCCCUCCCCCCAUCAACCCAGCUCUGAUGUCAACCACCCCACUGCCUGUGAUGGCCAUGCAAUACGCGGCUGCUGCCUCAGGAGGAGGACUUGUGUCAGAUGAGAACUUGUUGUCCCUUCCUGUGCACUCAAUGAACUUUGACACCUUCAGGCCACAGUUAGCUUUCUUUAUCAAUGUAUAUGGCAUCAAUUUUGACUUGAAUCGUGUCCACAACAGUGCAGAUGAAAUGGAGAUGUUUGGUGUAGUUAACCAGAGAUUUAAACACAUUUUCAUCAAACAAGAGCAGCUGAAUACAUUUAAAACCUAUGACAGGCUUGAGCCUGGGCAAGAUGGUUCUGAUAUGUACAAUCAUCACAUGCUAAAGAAAGAAGCCAAUUGGGUUCAGUUUAUUACAUUAGUACCAGAGGAGGAUCCCCAGCAAGCAAAACUGUGGGUGCAGCUGAAAAACACAGAUGAGCUGCUGAGAGUGAAAUCACAUUUUAUUCACGUCAGCAGCUGUGAUAAUGUCCAGGAGACCUUGAAACAACAUGCAACUCAUGUCAGGAACCCCCACACAGCAGCUUCAGCUUCAGUUACCUCCCAUCGCACAACAUACAACACCAGCAACAUUUGGAGAAAGAUUUACUCUAACCCUGACCUUUACCACAACACAGAUCAAGAUGAACCCCAUAGUGUUCCAGACUUUGAUGAAAAAGAUGCUGACAACUUUAGUUUAAGUGCUGUCCACAGUGGGCGCAGCAGUGCCCAGAAGAGGAAAGACAGUUAUGACUAUGGCAGCACAGCCCAGAUGUUAGGCCUGGAUGAAGGUGAAGAAGAAACAGCUGAUCCCAUGACAGCCCAAGGGGCAUUUUUGUCCUACUUGCACCUGAGACACCUGCGUAUCAGGGACCUCCAGAGAACAAGUUUAUCUUUACUCAAUUACUUCCGCUCCAUUGAGAGAACUCUGACCAUCAAUGAUAUGGGACUUACCUCAGAUGAUGGACUCUUCAAACAAACCAGCCAACAAAACCAUCGUGUUGGGAGUGAGUUAAAUGGUAACAUUGGGGGUGGGGGAGGCCUUGGAUCCCAUGCCUACCUGCACAACACACCUGCAGAUUUUAAAAUGACAGAAUCGGAAUUUAUACAUUUUUCUGAUGUUGACAAUCAUGAUGAUUUCUAUACCAUUGAAGAAGGCAGAAUCCAUGUGUUUGAUCAGAAAGGAAAUGAUAUCAUGUAUGACAUAGCUAUUGAGGAUCUAAGGAAAGUUGAGAAAGAUCUGAUGCUGAUGUGUAGCCACUACAUUGAGAAGGACAGAGACCUGAGGAGUAGUUCAAGAAAUAUUGGGGCUGGAGACUUUGACAUCCCUGGCUACAGUCAUCAGGACGUGGACAGGUUUGGGGUCAUGCUGGACAUCUGGACCAAUCACACGUCUUUCCUAGAGUGUAAACGAGAGCUACUUGACUGCUACUAUGAAGCUUACCAACAUGUGGUUGACAGAGAUGAGAAGAGGAGACUGGCCCAGGUGAUCACCAACCUAAUUCACCAGAAGCCGCGCUACGACCUGGAGGCGGACUACUUUGUGAGGAUGUACCGAGCUGAGUGCUCAGUCCUGAGGCAGCACGCAGCCCUCGUGAAAGCUGUCCUGGAUAAGCAGAUCGAGUCUGAGAGGGAGUACAUCCAGAGGGUGACCAGAGACGGGGACUCUGACUUUGGACUUCCUCACAGAAUUAUUCCCCAACAGCCUAUUGCAGUAAAUCUCAGUCGCCCAGCCCUGAAGAACAUCUACAUGUUAGAGUUCCACCCAACUCUGGCGCUGGCCAGUAGAAUCCCUGCAGCCCUAAAGCAUGCAUUCUGGGACCUUAUUGAAGUCCACAGGCCACAGACCAUGCUGGCAUCUCUAAUGAUGGAGAAAAAACUGAUAGAGGUGGCUUUAGAGGAGUGGGAACAGUUGCCUCCCAUGGGAGACAGUUACUCCAUGCAAGUACAGAAAGAUCUCUUCUCCCCAGUGUUCUGUGAGGACCCUCUAUUUAUGUGUGAACUGGCCCAGUUCUCUGUCAAACAACAGGAGGAGGCCAGUGGGAGAAAAACUCACAAGGAGAAACAAACAGCCAUGGUCCAAACUAUAGGCCGUGUUAUGGAGAUUGUCACACUUCGUCACAGGAUGCUUGAGGCUGCCUGGGAAACUGAAGUCUUGUCUAAGAUCUAUAAACAUCAAGCACAAGAAAUGGGCUACCCUGAUUGCCACAUGAACCUGAGAUUUGUCCAGUUUGAGUUUGCCAGUUUUAAGGAGAAAGCUGGGAAGCCGCCGCCCAUUUUUAUAACAUCAGUACAGGAAGAUGACUCGGCUGUAGAUAAGUACACGCCAUCAUGUCUGAUUCUGGCCGUCCAUGAACUAGAUGAGAGCCAUGUUGGAAGAUUCACAUUUCGCAGUCGAGAUGGUCUGCUACAGGUGAUGAAGCCAGGAGGAAUGGAAAGUUUUCAAGUGGUUCUCCAAGCUCAGGUAGUUCAUAAGAAUGCCUUAGUUGCAGCUGUUCAACAAGCCAGUGUAUGCAAUCCUGUCAAAGUCAUUGAGUGGAAAAGUGGUCGUAUGAGUCCAACAGAAACAAAAAGUGAGAAGAGCUCCAUCACACAAAUGACCAGCACCUCAAGUGGAACCACAGGUCCAGCAUUGGCUGGGGUCAUCUCAACUGACACCAACAAAACUCCAACAUCAGCUGAAGCUUUCUUCUCCCUUCAACUAGAGAAGGUCCCAAGCAGAGAUCUCAUGCUAAAUGAUUUUGUGAUGAAGAAACAGCAGAUGGGAAACAUCCUGCGCAAUUCUGAAGAGCUGGAGAAGCUGAAAAGGAAACUAAUCUCAGAGUUCUGCCACAGGUUCAAUGCCAGGGUGUCCCAGGCCUCUCUCAGAAGUCAGCUCUUGGCCUACUAUAACAGCAUCAUGCGUCUGCUGGAGGCUUUCCCUAGCAUCAGAGAGACCUACUUUGUGCUUGGUGAAGCCAAUGAGAAAAAGGCAGCUGAAGAUGAAGAGGAACUACGACCUGACCCAAGGAUGUUAAAGAAAAGACCACGGCGCCUGUUAUCAAACGAUGGGCGGUGUGUGGUCAACAUCUGGUUCAUCCCCCACUACACGGAGGUACUGGUGAUGUUCAAGUCACUGGACGACGACGCCUGCUUGCGGGCCCUCAACUUUUCUCUGGGCAUCGUAUCUGCCCUGCAUGACAUGCUGCAGUACUUGAGUGCUCACGCUCACCUUGGCACAUCACACGCCAGGAUGGGCACGCAGAAAAUAGAUUUUGUUUCUGCUGAUUGGGGCGGCACAGAGGGCAUAGGAACUGAAUUGCGAGACAUACAGAAGCAGAUUCAGAACUUGCCAGAGCCAACUCACCCAGAAGACGUUCUGGAACUUCUCAACUUGAGGCGCAACGUCAUGUUCCUGGAACUGGACAUGGCCAUCAGGACAUGCAUGGCCGACACGUUCCUCUCCACUGGGAACACCCAGGCUUAUAAGAUUAUACUCAACAGUCGCCAGUACCUUACCUGGAUUAGCAAUGCAGAAAAACCUGGCCUGUCUUCAAUGUACCUGAGUAUACCAGAGCCUCUUGAAGCCAGAGACUUUGUUGCCAGACAACUGUUUCCUUGGAGAUCUUUUCACAAUCGUUUUGGCCCUUUUCCUGUAGGGUUUUGGCAGUGGUUCAGGAUAGAAAAUUUUAUCAUCCAGUGUUUGGCUGGGCUCAAAGAUGUUGACAGGCAAGUGGCCAAUGGUGAAAUUCUGGGUGUGACGUUGCUCAUGGAAGAUGUGCUUCAAACUGGCAACUCUGGCGUUAGUUUACUAGACAAUGAUUCAAAGAGUCACAGUCAGGUGGAGUCAAGAAAUGAAUCCGUUGAAUCGACCAUCAGACGUGAGAGCGUUUUAUCUGAUCUCAGAGAUGCCAGCAAAGUUCUUGUAGCAGCUCAACAGCACCAGAGUCUGUCCAGAGUGACGCAGCCCUUGGAGUCAUACAGACUCCUCCACUUCUUCCUGAGACUCUGGAAGUGUCUUGAAAUGCUGAAACUGGAUUGGGGGAGGAGGAAGCUGAUGGUGGAGAGGAUUGAUACAUCUCAGCUCCACAAGGAGUUCUGCAAGGCUUAUAGAACUGAGGUGCUGUUGCCAGUCCUACAGAGUGUGGCUCGGAGGCUGGGUCAGGGUGACCUGUAUGACAGCCUCAUUCUUGACACUGACAUCUAUGUCAUGCCUAAGGGAGCCUCUGAAAUCGAAGUUAGGCUCAAGCAACUGCUGCGUCUGCUGGAGAGCUGUGAGUGUCACAUGAUCAGUGAAGUCAGGAAGAGAGUGUUCAAAGAGUUGACCUUGGCCGUGUCGGAGAGAGCCAGAGAUGAGGAAGUCCUGCCAACAGAUUUGUGGAAAAGAUCAGUGAUGUCUGAGAGUUUCACCAUGAACCGUCCACACGUGGCGGAGAAAUUUGUGCACACCCUCAUGUCUCAAGGUCAGGAAACUGAGACAAAGGUGACCUUUGACACCAAACAUUUGCAUGCUUGCCUGGCUGAGCUGGCCCGCAAUGUCAUGGCCAGAGAGAAACACAAUUUUGAAAGCUACACCAUGUACUAUGAGAACUUACUGAGGGUCCAUCACCAGCUGUUGUUUAAGAAGGAACAGGAAAUCAAACAUUUAAAGUCUGAGGUGAAGGAAGCCAAGUGUGAGAGCCAGGUGUUGGUACAGUGUCAGCUUGCUAAUGACGCACACGACCUUCUGAUGGAGGUGACAGCCUUGAGAGCCAAGAUAGCUGAGAUGAGGGAGAUGACCUUGACCCAGGAGCGGAAUAUCCGCGAGCGUGUGAGAGAAGAGUACCAGGAUCUGGUGCACAACAUUUUUAACUCCACCCACCAGCUGCGCAGCAGGUUUGACGAGUUCAGAAAUGAUCUCCACACUGACGUGUAUGAUAAGAUCAGUGAAACAAGGAAGGAAGCCAUCUUGGCCAUGAGCAAACUACAGCAGAAGUUUAAAGGGACUUCAGAUGACCAACAUGUGAGAGCCAACAUAGCGCAGGCCACCCAGGUUGAAGAUUUACAAGAUGAGAACCACAACCUGCGUCAGCUGGUCCUCAAGAUGAAGGCCCUCAACUCCUGGAGGUUGAACGUCCAGUCCCACAAUUUUCUUAAAUCUAAAAGCAAGUUGAAGCAAGUAGCAGAGGACUGCAAGAAGGCGGAGCUAGAGCUGCGCAUGUUGGCUGAGGAAGAGAUCAUCUUGCUGCGCCAACAGCUGGUUGCCCUGAGGAAAAGUAUGCUGGACAUGGACAAGGAGUCCAAUCAAGUCAGGAAAAAGUUGAGCAGGGAGCUGAAGUUGAAAGCUGAGCGUGAGCAUGAAACAGCUCAGAAAGAAAGGAGCAAACAGCAGCUAGAGCAGGCCAAACAGGCCACAGUGGACAAGCUGGUGGAUGAGCUGAUGGACAAGGAGUCCAGGCUGAAGAUGCUAGAACAGGACCAGGACAAGUCCACCAAGCUGACGCUGAUGGCCUACGAGAAGAGCAAGAGGGAGAUCAGCCUCAUCAAGAAACAACUCAACCAGGAGAGAAACUUUAAGCUGGAUGCUUUCAACAGAGUCGACUCUCUACAGUCGCAGGUGUAUGAUUAUGAAUCAUGUUUGCUAAACCGGCCACCUUCGUCCAUCUUCUCAACAUAUUCCAAGCCUAGAUCACGUGCCACAUCAGCUAGUGUAAACAGACGGCCGUCUACAGGAAGUAGCAACUGGCCUCCAGCGGUCGUGUGGCCAGCCAACCGUAGCCUGACGCCCCUGGGUGAGGUACCAAUGGAUCUGAAUCUUGCUUUAAACAAUGAGAGCAAGAAGAUCCAGCGACCAAAGACGGUUGGUGGCAGACUGAGAAGUCGAAUAGCUGAACAACUUCUGAAUGAGCUUGAACCAGAUACAUUUAAUACAAUCAUUCAGCUUGGACAGUCACAAGUUGAUUCAAGCAGGAAGGGAGACAAGCAUUGAUGGCAGGAAGGGAGAUAAGCAGGGAAGAAUAUAGCCAUUUCCUGAAAGAGGAGACAAAAAUGAAUGGUAUAAGGGAGACAAGCGUUAGUUGCUGGAAAUCAAACAACUAUAGUAAAAAUACACUUUGUAGAAUUUGUAAAUUUAAUUUUAUGAAAGUUUUGUUAAAUAAUGUUUAAUGGCACUAUUUGAUAAAAUGUUUAAAGCCUACAUCAUUUUAACUAGUGGACUAAUUCAUCUUUAUUCUCCACAAAAACAACACAAACAUUUUAAAAUAUUGGCAACUUUUAAACAAGGUCUAGACUAGUCUAAUCCAUACACCUUUUUUUGUAAAAAUAAUUUUUUUUCUAGUAGUUUUGUAUAUUUUAUUUCUUAAAACAAAAAAACAUUAUCACUUGCACUGUUAGUAAUUAUCAAGUUUUAAAUACUUCUGUUUUAAAAUAAUGUAGCAGCUGUUCAUACACAUAUGAAAAAUCAUUUAGGUGUAUGGGUUUGCUGUCAUAUAAAUGGUUGUUGCUUUUACUAUUGUCCACAAAAUUUAACAUUUUGUUGUAUUGAAUUUAUGUCAUCAUU